AUAUAAUGAAGAGUCCUCUUCUUAUUGGAUGCCUAAAAACAUGUGCAUUAAAAUGGAUAAAGGAAAACUCCGAUGAUGAUUGGAAAUAUCAGGUUGCAUCUGACAAAAAAUUAUUAUUUCCUUAUCCAUCUUUUACCGCUGCAUUAUUGGCUUAUAUCCGAGCAUUUGUCAGGCGUCCAAUCGCCCAAAUAUUGUUUGUUCUUGAGAAAUUGUCAGUCACCAAAACUUUUAUAUCAAUUAAUCAAAAGGAAAGAAAUCAGGAUUUAAUUUCAUUUUUGGAAACCAUUUUCUUUGACCCAAAAGUCUUGAAUAUCAAUGAUUUGUCUGAACCAAGACCUAAUCAUUAUGUGAUGUCAGAAAACUUUUAUGAUUUAAAAUUCCCAUUUUCAUAUUAUUUUAUGAAAAAAAUUAAUGAAUUCAGGACCAUAUGGGAAAAUGAACUUGCAAUACUUAGGGAAUAUCCAGAAAGUUUUGAUGAUAAUCAAGAGCUUUCGCAUGAUGCUUUUGAAAAUACCAUUCGAGGAUUUAAAAAAAAAGUUCUAUAUACUGGAAAGGAUAAAGUAUUUGAUCCAGUUGUUCUUCACAUCUAUUGGUGGAAAUAUUCUAAUGUCUUACUAGCAGCUGUACAAUUAACACAACUGUGUCCAUCAGUUAUAAAUGAAUUUCUGCAGAAAAUGCCAGGAGUUACAUUUGAGAUAUUUCUUGUUGAUAAAGUUAUAGAAAUGAUGCUAGAUAAAAUUUUAAGAAAAGACAACGCAAUUCAAUUGGGCAAAUGGCAACAAGAAGUUGUCAAAAUAUUAUCUCUUAGUGCGAAGAUUUUAAAAACAAAUAAAUUAAGAUCAUAUCAAUUACUACAUAUUUGUUACGAUAUUGUAUCGUCCAAAUUAAUACAACUAUCAAAUAUUAAAGAAAUUGUAAACUUUGGGUUAGAUUCUGAUGAACAAAAU